ACUGAUUCCCUGUAUCUCUGUGUGUGGUGGAGCAGCUCUGAACUCGGUGCAAGCAAUGGAGUGGAAGGCAAUGGAAAUCAACCCCGAGAUGCUGAACAAAUGCAUGACUCGACUGGGCGUGGCAGCGAGCUGGAAGUUCGUGGAUGUUUUGGGGCUGGAGACUGAAUCCCUCUCCAUGGUGCCUUCCCCAGUCUGCGCUUUGUUGCUGCUGUUUCCUCUCAGUCAACAGCAUGAGUCUUUCAGAGGAACCCAAACCUCAGAACUGACUGGGAAAGGUAUUGACUCUAAAAUCUACUUCUUGAGGCAAACCAUCUCGAACUCCUGUGGCACUGUGGGACUCGUCCAUACUAUUGCCAAUAAUCAGGAUAAAUUUACAUUUGUGGAAGGCUCAACCCUGAAGAAGUUCCUGACUGAAACUGCAGAUCUGUCAGCAGAGGAACGUGCCAAACAUCUGGAACAAAAUAAGGAUAUUCAUUCAGCGCAUGAUGCCACUGCAGAGGAGGGCCACUGUCGGAUACAUGAAGAUGGUACAAACUUCCAUUUCAUCGCUUUUGUUGAUGUGGACGGACACUUGUAUGAACUGGAUGGAAGAAUGCCAUUCCCCAUUGACCAUGGUGAAACAUCAAAGGACACACUGUUGCAGGAUUCUGCCAAGAUCUGCCGACAGUUUAUGGAACGUGAUCAAGAAGAAGUCCGUUUUACUGCUGUGGCACUCAGCAAAGCCUAAAAGCAACAUGGAACUGUAUCAAAGCUGCAUGAGUCAGAGCACAGUACCACAACUCUCAGCUUAGGUGGUGUUCUAAAGCUUUCCCAAUGAUUUGCUGAAAUAGUUUUUCAUUUUUGUAUGAUGCACUUUGAUGUGGGACAUACACUGCCUUUACACUAGUAUUUCUGCACAUAAGACUCAAAUAUCUAGGUAGCAACAUUUGUGUGCAGGAUUGGGUGUGCUGUAGAGUUAGUAAUGUAAAGGUUCUUGAGAAAUGUGUUCCAUGAAUAUCCACUGUAGUGCAACUGUCUGCAUCCUAGUAACACCACAGCUAGGCCAAAGGUGACUUUUUUUCCUUUUUGCUCGAACAAGGGGAACAAAACUGAAGAAGUGUACUAGAAAAUAUGAUAGAUUUGCAGGGCUUUGUUGGAAGCUUCUAUUUGCGAUCGACUCCACAUUGUGCCUAUCUUUUUACAGCUUUUCUGUAAUGAGUAGUUGCUGUAAUGUUUAAAAAAUAAAACUUGGU